GCUAACUCGGAAGUUAUCUAUGUUGCAGCUGGACAGGAGAGAUUUAGAACUUUAACAAGUUCAUAUUACAGAGGAGCACAAGGGAUAAUCAUGGUGUAUGAUGUAACAAGAAGGGACACAUUCACCAAUCUUUCUGAUGUAUGGGCUAAGGAAAUUGAUCUUUAUUCGACUAAUCAGGAUUGCAUCAAGAUGCUAGUAGGGAACAAGGUCGAUAAGGAAAAUGAGAGAGUUGUGACAAAGAAAGAGGGCAUCGACUUUGCUAGGGAAUAUGGAUGUUUGUUUGUAGAAUGUAGUGCAAAGACUCGAGUUAAUGUUGAGGAGCUCGUCUUAAAGAUCUUGGACACCCCCAACCUGUGCGCUUGA